UAGAUUUUUGUGGACAUGACACUCAACGUAGAGUCUAUGGCACUCAACCCAACGCUUCAGCCGAAUGAAAUUUUACUGGAUCCAUUGACGCUGAAUACAACGCCGUACACACACGUACAACAUUGCGUACAACCCGUGUGUACAACCAUACGUUUGAAUUUUUGUUUUGCGAUCUUACUUUACAUGCACAUAAAAGGCAUUUUCAAGAUGGCAGUACCUACAGAAAAUGUAAUAAAUACACCCAUUAGUGAUCCGGUAACGAAAGCAGUGGUAGAUAACAUAAUGGGAAAUUUACCUACAAAGAAACCACAUGUCCGCUGUGAAGACUGUGACCUCUCAUUCACCAGCCAAACAGUUCUGGAUGCACAUCUUCAGGGUGCCCGACAUGCCAAGCAGGUAAAAUCAAAGGCUAUCAUGGCCACCUUGGAUAAUACCAAAGUUGCUUUCACUAAGGAUCAAGAAACCAAUGGGCUGAGGUGCAACGUGUGCAAUGUUUCCUUGAAUUCAAUCCAGCAACUACAGACUCAUCUGAAUGGCAACCGUCACAAGAAAAAGGCUGCAAAAGGUAAUAAACCACAUUCGCAGAAAAAUUCCAAGCCUGAUAGUUUUCGAUGUGGGUGGAAUGAGAGAGAGGCAUCACUUGCCAGUUUUAUAACACCACCGAUUGCCACAGGACCCAUCUUGCCAACAAAAAGUACCUUCCUGACAUGUGAUAUUUGCAACAAGUUAUUCAACUCUCAGGGCCAAUAUGACGAGCACCUACUGUCAAAAAAGCAUUGCGCAAAACUGAACAAUACAAAGAGCCAUGGAAACAAGCGGUUUGUUCCCUACAGAAAAAAACAAAGGAGCCGUGAUAAUUCUCUGUCUUACAUGAAAUCGCUAUCAAACAAUUUUAUUCCAGAUGGCUAUGAAAAUUAUACAUAAGUUCUAUUAAUGAUUAUACAAAUUUUUGUUACCAGUUGA